UGCAGAUAUCAGAUAUGUGGACAAUAGCUGUACUGGCGAUUGCUGCCUUUUCAACCAGCCAAGGAUUCAUAUUUGGCCGCGACCAAUCCAAAUGGAAUGGUCUCAAAGUAACAUGGGGUGUUAAUCCGUUGUCGUCGUUCAAAAGUAUGCCGCGAACAAAACAAGAUGCUUUACACCAGGGUUGGGUAAAAAAGGAUGCUGGCGCUGGUUGCCAAGGAACACAUUUCAGCGGAGAGCGAUUCUGGAAGGACAACGACUUGGGUGUGAUCCUAUUGUUUGACGUCAAUGGUAUCAUUGCUGGCAUACAGUCCGCAUUUGAUAAAAACACCAAUCCGAAUCAGAAUAAUUAUCCGUCACCGCAGAUGCAGAAUCACCCAUUGGUAGAAGAGGGCGGGAAUUACCAUAGCACCGCAUACUUCAUUCCAUCAGACACAAUAUGUACUACGGGACGCACGUCCGCGGAAUUUCAUCAAAUAGGCACCGGUAGAGGCUUAUGGAUACAGAACGGAACCGACCCAAGCAGCACCGCGAUGAUCCCAACGACUAUCGAAGAGGCCCGAGCCAGUGAAUGGACAGAGGGGGAAUGUUUCAUUUCCAUGGGAAAACAUUUCUGGUACAAGCUUAGCAAGGACAUGGACUGUAAUGACUUCUUCCCCAUGUUUCUGCUAUACAAUGGUGGCGUUCUCAACGGAUUUGGCUGGGGUUAUUUGAUUAACAUUGAAGCCUCCAAACGCCUUGAACAUCCCCCACCGUCAACAUAUCCGCAAUUCAUGAAGGAGGUGCCAACAUGUCUGGGGACCGCCGGAACCCUGACCACGCUGCAUAUCUACCUCACAGACAGCAUCAUCGCUGACACAUGCUAACAUUGCAACAAUAUUGUAAU